CAAUUGCUGUCUUCCUACAAGCCGCCCGAAACCCCGGCUCGUCUUCCUCCUAGCGCGAGCGCCGCCACCGCCGGUUGGUCUCCCCUUCGAUUCUCUCGCCACCGACCGUUUCUCCCCCCCAUCACGCCACGAACGGAUUCCGCCCUUUAGCUCCCUGUUUCAUCUCCUUAAUCUUCCCCAAUUCGUAACUGAGGCAAAAAUCAAGGUAGGGCGGCCGCCCUACAUUACCCUACUGGGUCCUCCGCCCGUGCUAGUGAUGGAGUGUGUGGUGCAGGGUAUCAUCGAGACCCAGCAUGUUGAAGCUCUUGAGGUCCUUCUGCAGGGGCUGUCUGGUGUCCCAAAAGAGCGUGUUAGGGUUCACGAGCUCUGUCUUAAAAGUGGGCCCAAUCUAGGAGUUGUCCCGUCAGAGGUUCGUUUGUUGUGUGACUUGGCUCAGCCAACACCAUCCUGGACCAUAAGACAUGUUGGUGGUGCCAUGAGAGGUGCUGGUGCAGAGCAGAUCUCAGUUCUUGUCCGUACAAUCGUAGAAAGCAAAGCCAGCAACAAUGUAUUGCGCUACUUCUAUGGCAUAGGUUACAAGUUAGAUCAUGAAGUUUUGAAGGUGGGUUUCGCAUUUCGUUUCCAACGAGGUGCCCAGUUCACCGUGACUGUCACUUCCGCCAACAAGAUGCCGAAACUCCACGCGACCGACGAAGCUGUGGCGGUCACUCCUGGAAUACAGCUUGUGGAAAUCACAGCUCCUGCUGCUGCUAACAAUUACAACGACGUAGCUUCAUCUGUCACUGCGUUCUGUGAAUAUCUAGCACCGCUGCUGCACCUCUCUAAACCAGGCAAUUCAACUGGAAUCGUCCUGACUGCUGGUGCUGCUGCUGCCUCGCUCAUGUCAAGUGGUGGUGCUAAAACAUUGUAAAUCUUUGUCGCCUGCAUCUUUUUAUGUGACGAUUGCAGUUCAAUGCUGGUCUGUACUUCUAAUCAGUUGAUCAGAAUGCGCGAAAAUAACAUUGUGAUGCUGUUUUCAUUGUGAUCUGACUUGGGAGUGGUGCGAUUAAACUGUGCUGUUCGCACGUCUAAAUUGUGUUUUUGUUUGUAGAUGUUGUAUAAUUCUGUAGGUUGACAAAUGAACACUCAAAAGCUCUGUUCGUAUGAUGUUGUAUAAUUCUGGCAUUUUAUUUGUUUGUAGAUGUUGUA